UUAUUAAAUGUGCCGUGGUUUCGACGUGUCAGUUCGUAGUAAAUAAUUCGCUGAGCUAGUCGCAAAUUCCAAGAGUCUGACACGCGUACAAAUCAAUCGACGGAGUUGAAAACACUUUGCCAUACAACAACAGCAACAACAAAAACAAUAAUUAAUACAGCAGCAUGGCGGAAAAAGUAAAUGUUUGCAUCGUUGGCUCCGGCAACUGGGGUUCGGCCAUAGCGAAAAUCGUGGGCGCCAAUGCGUCCGCUCUGCCCGAGUUUGAGGAGCGCGUCACAAUGUUUGUCUACGAGGAGAUGAUUGAUGGCAAGAAGUUAACGGAAAUUAUCAAUGAAACGCACGAGAAUGUUAAAUACCUGAAGGGACACAAACUGCCAAACAAUGUGGUUGCUGUACCUGAUCUAGUUGAGGCUGCCAAGAAUGCCGAUAUACUAAUCUUUGUGGUGCCUCAUCAGUUUAUACCAAAUUUCUGCAAACAAUUGCUGGGCAAGAUCAAGCCAAAUGCCAUUGCCAUAUCCCUGAUCAAGGGCUUCGAUAAGGCCGAGGGCGGCGGCAUUGAUCUGAUAUCGCACAUAAUUACCCGCCAUUUGAAGAUACCAUGCGCCGUGCUGAUGGGCGCUAAUCUGGCCAACGAGGUGGCCGAGGGCAACUUUUGCGAGACGACAAUCGGCUGCACGGACAAAAAGUACGGCAAGGUGCUGCGUGAUCUCUUCCAGGCCAAUCAUUUUCGUGUCGUGGUCGUUGAGGAUGCCGAUGCCGUUGAGGUGUGCGGUGCCCUGAAGAACAUUGUUGCCUGUGGUGCGGGCUUUGUCGAUGGACUCAAGCUGGGCGAUAAUACUAAGGCAGCGGUCAUUCGUUUGGGUCUUAUGGAAAUGAUACGCUUUGUCGAUGUCUUCUAUCCGGGCAGCAAAUUGUCCACAUUCUUUGAGAGCUGCGGUGUUGCGGAUCUCAUCACGACGUGCUACGGUGGUCGCAAUCGUCGUGUCUCAGAGGCUUUUGUCACAUCUGGCAAGACAAUUGAGGAACUGGAGAAGGAGAUGCUCAAUGGCCAGAAACUGCAGGGCCCGCCCACUGCCGAGGAGGUUAACUACAUGUUGAAAAACAAAGGCCUGGAGGAUAAAUUCCCAUUGUUCACCGCCAUACACAAAAUUUGCACAAAUCAGCUUAAGCCUAAAGAUUUAAUCGAUUGCAUACGCAAUCAUCCCGAGCAUAUGCAAACUUUGUAAAAUAUAUUAAAACACAAAAUUUUUAAACGUUUUUAUGCACCAAAAACAAAGCAAACACGAGCAAAUAGUCAUUUUUUCAGCACACAUUUCAAAAUCCUCAGACGCCAGCCAACGACAAGAAUGGUGUAUAGGUUGUUAAUUUAUUGUUAAAAUCCAACGCAUAUCCAGCGAACCACAGAAACGAACAAGCACCAAUCUUGAAGUCUGCUUUUUGUUUUAACUUAGUUUAUAAAUGAUAAAUUAGCAAAUGAAAUUGUGCGCAUGUACCUAAAGACAAUUGUAAAUGAAUUUUACAAUUACAAUUUAAAACAACUGAAGAGGCGUAAUAAACGGAACAACAAUGGUUUAAUUUAAAAAUUAAAAACUAA